CCUUCUGCUCGUGAACGCAGCAGCGUCGACUUUGCCUUCUUGUGAUGAUCUCGUCCAGCUAAGAGCAGAAUGAACAGAGCAGAGCAAAGCAGUCAAAUCUGCUGCAACAUGUCGAUUUAUAUUCUGGGUGUGGACGUGGGAACCACGUCGGUGAAGGCAAUUUUGUUAGACAGUGACUCCAGAGCAGUGGUUGCCACUCACGCUUUGCCAACUGACACCAUUGACAACAGCGGGACGAAGGCUAAAGAGCAGGACACAGGUUUGAUAAUUGACGCACUGAAUCGCUGCGUCGCUUCGCUCCCCAGAGACAAAUUGCAGCGUGUCCUCAGCAUCGGUGUGUGUGGACAGAUGCACGGAGUCUUACUGUGGAAAGCACUGAGUUGUGACUGGUCCAGUGGAGACUUCUUCACCGCCAGAGACACCAGUCAGCUGAUCACCUGGCAGGAUGGACGCUGCAGCAGUGACUUCCUGACGUCUCUUCCAAAACCAGACUCGCAUCUCAGUGUUGCCACAGGCUUUGGCUGCGCGACAAUCUUCUGGUACAUGAAGCACAGGCCCGAGUUCCUUGAGGACUUCACGGUCGCAGGUACCAUCCAGGACUAUGUGGUGUCUGUGCUGUGUGGUCUGGACCGUUGUGUGAUGACGCCUCAGAACGCAGCCAGCUGGGGUUUCUUUAACACUACCACCAACCAGUGGAACAUAGAUAUUCUGAAGGCUGCCGGCUUCCCUUUGACCCUGCUUCCUCACUGUGUGCCAUCUGGUGACUUGGUUGGACAGACGUGCUUUGACUGGCAUGGCAUUCCCGCUGGUACGCCAGUAGGGGCCGCCCUGGGAGACUUUCAGUGCUCCGUCUACUCCUGCAUGAGUGCACGGACAGAUGCAGUUCUUAACAUAAGCACCUCCGCACAGCUGACCUUUGCCAUGCCAGCUGACUUCAAGCCUCCAGAUUCUCCCCAGCCUGACUCUGCCAUCUCCUACUUUCCCUACUUUGACUCCGUCUACCUGGCAGUGGCAGCGUCGCUCAACGGAGGGAACGUACUGGCCACUUUUGUGGAGAUGCUCAUGGCCUGGAUGAAAGAGCUCGAUGCUGAGUCGACUGAGUCAUACCUAUAUGAGAAGCUGAUUGUUUCUGCCCUGGAGCAGGAAACCAGUGAUCUGAGGAUAAGUCCCACCAUUCUGGGAGAAAGACACAACCCUCACUGCCUCGGUCAGGUGUCCAACAUCUCCGCCUCUAAUCUCGCUCUUGGUCAUGUGACCAGGGCACUGUGUCGCGGAGUCCUGGACAAUAUCACCUCAAUGUUGCCCGUUGAGCGUCUACAGCAGGCAGGGGUCAGCAGGAUCGUUGGCAGCGGGAGUGCACUCGCUCGCAAUGAGGUGCUAAGGCAGGAAGUGGAGAAGGUGUUUCCUCAGCCGGUGGUUUACAGAAAGAAUGCGGACUCUGCCGCCGGCGCGGCCAUGGUCCUCUGUGAUCGACCUUGAAUGACUCUUGUAAUUGACAGGAGAAUCCCUAUGUGUUUACACGAUUACCUGAUGAUUUUGCACAUUUCAAUUUGGACAUAGAAAGAAACGGAAAUAGUGCAACAAAUUGUGACCUGGCAGGAUGUAAUGUUAUCCCAGUGCAAGGUUCAAAAACCUAGAGCAGUUCAACAUGUGCUGUUAGGUUGGACCAAGGUACAUUAUUCACCUAAUGAUUAACACUUCAGCUGCUGAAUGCAAUUUAACUUUUAAAUAAUCCCUUUUCGAUUUAAACCGUUGUGAAAUGAGUUGACUUAAUGCUGAUUAAACCCAUCAGCUCCACAAGACUCUCUCUGUGUUUCUCAUUAUCCAAUCCAACUUUAUUUGUAUAGCACAGCCACAGUGGACCAAAGUGCUGUAAACAACUAAAAAAAAUGAUUAAAAGCAACAGCCAUUCAAUUAAAACACAACAAAAGCAUACAUAAAUAAAAACUGAAAUAGUGUCAAGGGCCAAUGAAAAGGGGUGAGUUUUGAGAGGGGGUUUAACAAAUAAAAUAAUUUUUAAAAACCUAA